UUCUCCCGCGAACGCGAUUUCAACUUUUGCGUUUACAGAACGCUUUUGAAUUGAGUGUAUCUUUAUGUUGUACGAAUAGCCUACAUACUUUUAUUUCUUAUGACUUCCUCGCACCCUGCUAGUCUGAUAAACAAUACCCAGCUGUUAGCAUGAAACAAUACCAAUUCUUUUCCGUAAGGCAUCAUGACGUAAUAGAAUGAAUGGCGUAAAAACGCUACUUUUACCAUUCAGGAAUGUUUAUGUUAUUAUUGGGCAAAUCAUUUGGUGAAUAAUGUCAUGUCACGUUUUUUAUUUUUUUCUACACCCCUAACAGUCGGUUUAGGUGGUGCGUGCUUAUUUGCUGUCUGCGCUUCUAUGGCAACGUAAUAGAUUAUCCAUCCCCACGCAUGUUACCACAACUGAUCUGGACAUCUUUUGCACAUUGGAUUACUGAUGUGUCAAUGGCUGGGGGCUUCGUAAGUGCUGUUUGAAGAGUAGUUUGGAAAGGAGGGUGCAAUGAUUUGUCAUUGAGACGCGCGUCAAAUUGUUUCUCAUUCAGACACGUCCCUCCGUCUUCCCGCAUCCAGUGUGCGCGCUCGGUGUCUAGUAUUACAGAUGCAGCGGGAUGCAUAUUUGUGCAUUCAUAUUUUGGACGACCUAUUUUCCUGCCUGCGUCUCCUCUCAGAUGAUACCGACUGUCAUUUGUUCCGUUAAGGUGGUCGAUCACAAUGGAUAGGGUGCAUUCUUCCAUGCGCAAACGGCUCUAUAGCUUGCCACAUCAGUUUGGACACAAGGGUGCUAUGACUCGAGACGGUGAAGACAGCGACAAGGACACUCGGAGGAAAAGUGUCAAGAUGAAGCAUCUUCCCUCACCCUCCUCCACGGGGAGCUCUAAAGGUGUCAGCGAGGCCAAGAGCGGAGACGCGGAGACCGAUGUGGGGAGACCCUUCAGAACCAACGUGAACGGCGACUGCCGGAGAUUCAGAGGCAGCCUUUCUUCCAUCACCAGUCGGCAUGCUCCAGACGCGGAUCUGGCGGAGCAGAGGUGCCUCAUCGGGGAUGCGAGCCCCGAGGACGACGGUCCCUUGGAGCAACCCGCACCUGGAGAGAGCCAGGGCGCGCAGGGCGGCCGCGGCGACGGGGCACAACAGGCGCCCUCUGAAGAACAGUCGACUUUCGUAAAGUUGGAGGGUAUCGAUCAAAUCAUGCCUGACGAUGAGCGGCUGUACCAGGCGGGCUUUAUGCACAGGCAGUUUGGCGCGAUGCUUCAGCCGGGGGUCAACAAGUUCUCGCUUCGAAUGUUCGGGAGCGAGAAGGCGGUGGAGCGCGAGCAGGAGCGGGUCAAAUCUGCAGGCUUUUGGAUCAUUCACCCAUACAGUGACUUCAGGUUCUACUGGGAUCUGAUCAUGCUCCUGUUGAUGGUGGGCAACCUGAUCAUCAUCCCCGUAGGCAUCACCUUCUUUAAAGAUGAACACACCCCCGCCUGGAUAGUCUUUAACGUGGUCUCUGACACAUUCUUCCUGGUUGACCUGGUGCUGAACUUCCGCACGGGGAUCGUCAAAGAAGACAGCACAGAAAUCAUCCUGGACCCUCAGCAGAUCAAGGUCAAGUAUCUUCGGAGCUGGUUCGCCGUGGAUUUCAUCUCCUCCAUCCCUGUGGAUUACAUCUUCCUCAUUGUGGAGACACGUAUCGACUCGGACUUCUACAAGACGGCCCGAGCGUUGAGGAUUGUGCGUUUCACUAAAAUACUCAGUCUGCUUCGGCUGCUGAGAUUGUCCAGACUCAUUAGAUACAUCCACCAAUGGGAGGAGAUUUUUCACAUGACCUAUGACCUGGCUAGUGCUAUGGUGCGCAUUGUGAAUCUCAUUGGAAUGAUGUUGUUGCUGUGCCACUGGGACGGAUGCUUGCAGUUUCUGGUGCCCAUGCUGCAGGACUUCCCUUCAGACUGCUGGGUGGCCAAAAACAAAAUGGUGAAUGACACAUGGGGUCAGCAGUACUCUUAUGCCCUGUUUAAGGCCAUGAGCCACAUGCUGUGUAUCGGGUAUGGCAUGUACCCUCCUGUGGGCAUGACGGAUGUGUGGCUGACCAUCCUCAGCAUGAUCGUGGGUGCAACCUGCUAUGCCAUGUUUGUGGGCCACGCCACCGCCCUCAUUCAGUCACUGGACUCCUCACGCAGGCAGUACCAGGAGAAGUACAAGCAGGUGGAGCAGUACAUGUCGUUCCACAAACUUCCUGCAGACAUGCGGCAGAGGAUUCAUGAUUACUAUGAGCAUCGCUAUCAGGGGAAGAUGUUCGACGAGGAGAGCAUUCUGGGGGAACUGAACGAACCACUCAGAGAGGAAAUCAUCAGUUUUAACUGUCGAAAGCUUGUGGCUACCAUGCCAUUGUUCGCCAACGCGGAUCCCAACUUUGUGACCUCCAUGCUCACCAAGUUACGUUUCGAGGUGUUCCAGCCAGGAGAUUACAUUAUCAGAGAGGGGACCGUCGGCAAGAAGAUGUAUUUCAUCCAACACGGUGUACUAACUGUUCUGACGAAGGGCAGCAAAGAGACAAAGAUCUCGGAUGGGUCUUACUUUGGAGAGAUCUGUUUGCUGACUCGAGGCAGAAGAACAGCCAGCGUACGAGCAGACACAUACUGUCGUCUGUACUCGCUCUCUGUGGACCAUUUCAACGAGGUGUUGGAGGAGUACCCCAUGAUGCGACGCGCCUUUGAGACCGUAGCCCUCGAUCGGCUUGACCGCAUAGGAAAACGGAACUCUGUACUCCAGCACAAGGUCCAACGGGAUCUCAAUUCCGGAGUUCUGAACUACCAAGAAAAUGAGAUCAUCCAGCAGAUUGUACAGCAUGACAGGGAUAUGGCUCAUUGUGCCCACCUCAUGCAGACACCUCCUCCAGCUCCUCACCCAGCACCAACUCCAUCUUCCCACACCCCCGUCAUCUGGGCACCUCUUAUUCAGGCUCCUCUACAAGCUGCGGCAGCCACCACUUCAGUCGCCAUUGCCCUAACUCGCCACCCCCAUCUGCCCCAUACACUCUUCCGACCCCCUGUCCCGCUGCUUGGCUCUCUAAAAGACCAACCAGGAUAUGUAAAAAGGUUCCAAACUGCACUUUCGGGUGCUGCUGCAUUUGGUGGCUCCUCCUCAACCAGCUCGCAGUUCAGCUCUUGUAUAGAGACCCCAAUUCUGGACACACUCAGGACCGAGAGAUCAUCUACCUCCACACCUCCGCCACCGUCCUCCAGCUCUCUGCCAUCCACCAUCACAACAACAGUCACCACCACCACCUCCAACAUCACAGAGUCUUCCUUCUACCCCUAUAGACCCCUUGCCUCCCAUGGGUCCAAAGACUUCAGUAUUGCCCAGCUUCAUUCUCAACCAAAACUUCCUCAGGCCUCUUUCCCCGGCAUUGCUGCAUCACUUCCUGGGUUCUUCCAACAUGGAGCAAUUGGAGGAGAGGCUGUCCAGCUUGCAGUUCCCGCUGUGUCCACCCUUACUCCUUUGAUUGCGCAUUCAGUAAGUCCCAUCCUGACCCAACUGCAUUCAGCUCAGCCAAAUCCUCAACAAACAAAACCAAUUCAAGAUUUGAAUAAAGUUGCAAGGACAGCCUCUCAGUCUCCUAUAACAGUGUCCCCUGUCCGCCCCAGGAGCAUAAUUGAACAAGUCCCGAGUCCAACAAGUGUCCUGUCCCAACACGCUCAGAUUGGUCUACAGUCCGAUGUUCUUUCCCAGCUUUCCCAAGAACCAUCUGCUCUUGCUUCCCUUGCACAAUAUGGGUCCGGAAAUGCGUCCCCAUGUAGCACACCUUCAGCCUGGAGCCCAACAUGCCAGAGUCCUACAGUGGAGAAGAUGAGAAUAUCCGUGCACAGCCACCCUGCUAGCAUCUCUGGAUCCCAAAGCUCACUCCUAACCCCUCAGACACUCUUACCACCACCACCUCAACCAAGAGAAAGGGGCGGAUCUCUAGUUGACCUACCUUCCCAAGACUUAAGCACCAUUUCCAUGUCUCUCCCCACACCGGGACUACCUGAAAAGUCCAAGCCGGUUGGAAGAGGACCACAACCACCGGACUUAUCCCAUCACAGAGGAUCUGCUUCAGGUUACUCACCGCUCCCGUCGCCCCCUCCCCUUAUGAAACCAUUUAGCUCAAUACCCGGUCACUUUGUCCUAUCAAGACAAACAUCCAAGUUGUCCAUAACUCAGACUGGGUCCUCAGGUGGGUCACCAGCCCAUGGAACUAGUGACAGGUCCACCCCUGGGACUCCAAGCUUGCACUCCAAACUCCCAUCGAACUUGUGAGAAUGGAUUGCACCCUCCUACGAUGAGUGAGCAACGUUUUUUAAUACGUCAAAGACACUGACAUUUCUCACCAGAGAAGGAGGGUGUAUGUUCAUCGACUUGGAUUUCUAUCCGUCCAAUGACUUCCCUAUUUGUAAUGCCAAAAGAAGGAAUGGACUAACAAAACUGACAGAAGAAUGAAGGUGUGACUUAAAUUUGUCUUCCAAGUUCUGUCAGUAAUUUUUGCAAUAUUAUUGUCUGAUGAUAAGACUAUAUAGGGAUAUGCAAAUUAUGACUUCCAAAAAACAAACAAAAAAAACAAAAAAGUUACUUCAAAGUAAUAAUUCUAAAGGACGUACGUAUGUUUGUGAUUGUGUGUGUGUGUGCGCGAGCGAUUGCUAUUGUCAUGUUAUAAUAGUGUGCUCUUUUUAAAGGAGGGAAUUAUGCUGGGUCAGGGAAGCAAAGCUACAUUCGUCGCACUUCAUCAGUCGGGCAUCAUCUGUCACUGUGAAAGAACACGCCGUACAGGUCUCUCUGGGCAGGUGGCACAGAUACUAUAUACACAAAGGUGCACAGAAACGUUCACACAUGCACAAACAAACCUAGCCCUCAACAUCCCAAUUAUCUAGACCUAGUAUGAUCUUUCUGCUAGACCUUGACCCCAUACAUACCUCCUUGCUGACGAAGAGGUACUGCUCAGUAUCUAUGGCCUUUCCUUUUUGUAACAAUACUGCCUUAGUGUCUGGACACCAGGGAACGACACCCUCACUUCCACAACAGAACCGAGAAUAUUAAGAAUCUUUUGCAAUCAUUUUGUAUGUGCUUUGUAUGUUAACUUGUGCAGUACUUAAGCAAUAAAACUGUAUGCUUGGUUUUUGUACUUGCACAGAGGUUGAACUGUAAAUUGCAGCUUUCUUCCUGUCAAACAAAAGAUACUGGGUGAUUGUGACAAUGGCAACGACACUACUAAUAUGACGCAGUUAUAAAAAAGCCCACUGCAGUUACCAAAGCUUAUGAGUUAAGACCUGUAAUUACAAAGUCAAAUUUGAAUUUGGGUUUGUAUGUUUCAUUUCUGUUUUGCUUCUGUUCAAAUGCACAUUUUGUAUAAUGCAGUAAGCCUAUACCCCACAAUUUGCAUGAGGUUAUAUAUGCUUUCUGCUUGUGCAAUACAUGUUUUGGUUAGUAUGUAUUAUAUUUCAUAUCUGUGAAAUUAAACAUUUUUAACCAUUUAAAAUGUAUUUCAGCAGAGGUACAGCAGACUAAAAUAAUAAAAACAACUCUGCUAACACAAUAGUUAGCCUAGCACAUGUUAUGAUAUGCCAUAUGUGGCUGGUGGUAAAAGGAGGAAUAGUAUUUUUCUAAGUGUCCUUCCUUUUGAGCAAAGCUUACACAGGUGUAUCAUGAAAAUUCCCUGCUUUGGCCCAGGUUAUUAUAUACUGUAUAAUUUAUAUGAUUUUACAUUUCAUGUCUAUGUAUAUAUCUAUUUAUUGUGUAUGUGUUUGUUUUGUUAAUAUAUAUUCAUAAUUUAAAUAUAUAAUGUCAUCAUCAGUCUGCAGAUACUGUCAUUAUGCAUCACUCGGUCCUUCCACUCUCUAUUCUCUUCCAUUCUUGCAAUAUGCAUUUGAUUAUCAUAUAAUUAUUUUCAUUUUCAGACCCUGAUUUUUUCCAAGUUAACAUCAUUCCCUGCGUUGAAGUCGGAUAAAUUGCAAGGCAAAAUGCACAUGAGAGUGUUAUACGUGAUGUUGAAUAUUAAUGAGUUAAAUAUCAAAGCAUCAAAGAGCUUUUCGUUAGUAUUACAGAGCACACAAUACAUUACACUGUAAUAUUUCUCUUUUUCAGGUCUGAGUGUGUGUGUAUGCGUGUUUUACUGUGCGUCUAUGUUGUAGCAUUUUAUAAUAUUCUGUGCAUUUAUUAUUUAUCAUAACCAAAGUGAGGUAUCAUUAAUGAUUGUUAUACAGUAGCAUUUUUAACCCCAUCAACAUAAUUACAGAGAAGUAUUGGUGGCUUAUUUGUUCAUAAAGGAUGCUCAUUCCUUUCUGGUGUUUGAGAAUUGAAAUAAUCCAAGACAGAAUUUAUGGUCACCGCAUGGCAAAAUGGUUAAGCCAUAUAUGGCAUAUCCACGAUGGACAAGUUACAUCAUUAUGCAUCAGUCUACAGUGCACUUUCAGUUCA